AUGAAAGAAUUCACGCCACACAACGGCGGCGUUCUUCUCAUCGACGAGGCAUACCAGCUCGUUGCUCCACACGCGAGCGUGCUGGGGACACGGAUCCUCGACCUCAUCCUCAAACUCAUGGAAGACAACAUCGGUAAAAUGGUGCUGAUCUUCCUCAGUUGCAAAGAUGAAAUGGAGGUGUUUUUCGAACACAACCCGGGUCUCACUAGUCGGAUUCCAUGGGUUCUUGAUUUCGCCGACUCUACCAAGGUAGAACUCUGGACUAUUCUCAAGCCUAGUAUCGAGAAACAGUAUCACAGGAAAAUGAUGAUUGAGGGUGGAUAUGGUGGCCUGCCCAUGAAAAUCGCCAUCAAGCGUCUUGCAGAAGGACCUGGUGAUAGAGCCUUCGGCAAUGCAAGGGCAGCCCACAGCCUCCUCGCCCGGAUCGCGCGACGACAGAGUCAGCAGUUCGUCCAAGUAAAGAAAGAUUCUCCCUCGACGGACCAAACUAUCUAG